AUGUCUUCACUAGCGAGAGGCGCUGUCGGAGUCAAUAAGCCCAAGCCUGUCAAUGUGAAUAGUCUUUACGCCGGUCGCAACCUCGCUGCGGGAUCAAAACCUCUAGGUAAGCAUGGUCUUACUUCAGUUGGAAAGAGUGUUGGCGUCGUUCGACGAAUGCCACCGCCAGCAACUCUUCCUUCGUUGAAGGCAGAAAAUAAUGGACAAGACCCUACAACUGCUGUUGUUCCACAAGGAGGAACUGGUUGGUGCAAAAACGAAACCGGAGCAGAUCCUGGAGAUGCCGUUAAGGCAUCAGCUGUGAGUGUAUCAGGCGGACCGGACUUGCGCCCAACGUGGGCAAAGCCAUCUUCGGAUGUGUUAUCCAGUGGGAAUACAUCGACGAGAGAGUUUCCCACACUCGCUGUUGCAGCACAGGGAACUGAUCUCCCUCAUAAGCCUCCAAGUAAACUUUUUUGA